AAGAAGAGGGAAGGACGGUUAGUCAGUCUUAUAGCUGGAUCAGUUACCAAGAGAAGUUCUAAAGCAAGAAGAGAAAAGCAUUUCAAUUUGGGACAUUUAUUUGCACCUGGAAAUGGGGAAUGGGCUAUCAGACCAGACUUCUAUCCUGUCCAACCUGCCUUCAUUUCAGUCCUUCCACAUUGUUAUUCUGGGUUUGGACUGUGCUGGAAAGACAACUGUCUUAUACAGGCUGCAGUUCAAUGAAUUUGUAAAUACCGUACCUACCAAAGGAUUUAACACUGAGAAAAUUAAGGUAACCUUGGGAAAUUCUAAAACAGUCACUUUUCACUUCUGGGAUGUAGGUGGUCAGGAGAAAUUAAGGCCACUGUGGAAGUCAUAUACCAGAUGCACAGAUGGCAUUGUGUUUGUUGUGGACUCUGUUGAUGUCGAAAGGAUGGAAGAAGCCAAAACUGAACUUCACAAAAUAACUAGGAUAUCAGAAAAUCAAGGAGUCCCUGUACUUAUAGUUGCUAACAAACAAGAUUUGAGGAACUCAUUGUCUCUUUCAGAAAUUGAGAAAUUGUUAGCAAUGGGUGACCUGAGCUCAUCAACUCCUUGGCAUUUGCAGCCUACCUGUGCAAUCAUAGGAGAUGGCCUAAAGGAAGGACUUCAGAAACUACAUGAUAUGAUCAUUAAAAGAAGAAAAAUGUUGCAGCAACAGAAAAAGAAAGAUGAAUAUCAAUACCUAUUAUAUCUGUGUGGAGUAGGUUUUCUCUGGUCUGAUUUUGACAAAUAGAAGAGUGUCUACAGCGUGGUUUGCCUGCCUGUCUGCCCUCCUGGAUGCUAUUAAAGCUUUGUUUUGUUGAACAA